AAUGCUUUCAGUCGGUCGCUUUAUGCAGCGUGUGAAGGUUGGCUGUUGAAGUUAUAAAAUGUUUCCUACACGUGUUUUAUGUCUGCUUGGAAAAUUUUUGUAAAUGAUUUAUCAUAGCAUUAUAUUGUGGAUGUGUAUGGAUUAUUCCGUUGUGAGUUUGUUUUGUGAUUGAAAGACAUAUCCAGCCGAAAGGUGAAACAUUUAUGUGGUAGAACAAUUGUUUGGACAGAGAUGAAUUAAUAACAUUUGGUGUACGUCAGCGAUAUUAGGUCGGACCACAUGUGACAGAGGCGAGCGGACAUGAGUGGGCGUAGCCCCGGUGUUAGAGGGGGGCCUGGCACCCCCGCGGGCGGGUCCAGGUGCCUGCUCAUCCUUCAGCGGUGCCUCGCCAUCCAGCUCCAGAAGGUGGCUCUGCUGUCGGAGCAGAGGAAGACGCCCGCCCGCGGACACGACGAGCCGGAGUACUGGAUGUACGACAGUGGGUACCUCCUGUUCCAGGGUUUCUUGGAGGCGAACCUCAAGUGCUUCUGGAAUGCCUCCCUUCUGGAAGCGAUGCGGUUGCUGGAAUUUCAAGGCUACGUCGCACCUGGAGUCCUGCUGGUCACUGCUAGCGCCUGCGCGUUGGAGGUCGUGCGAGCAGCUUGGGCGAGGAACGUCCUGAAGCCGCCCAAUAAUUACGUCAUCGCCGUUGUCGGUAAGUCCCAUGCAUGGAUCUGUAUCCUGGUAAUCGACCCCUGGUGA